AUGAUGUCAAUGGAAAUAAUUGGAAGAAUUAAAAAAUCCGUGCAUCGUCUUUCAGAGACAUCGUCCACCACUGGAACUCCAUCGGUUCGAACCUCUCCUUCUGGAAACACGCUUCUGGAUAUUGUGUCUUCAACCAUUGAGCCAACAUCAUCUACAAAAACUACUCAGGCCGUUCCAACUACUCGAGCUCAGGAAUCCACGACUGAUGGCUCUAGCUCUACCAGCACUCAUUUCAGUUCAUCCACUUCCGAGACCUCUACCGAGUCGAGCUCUGGCGUUCCAAGAUCUUCUACGUUGUCUCAAACAUCAACUCCAGCUGAAACUGUGACUUCUCAAUCGUCAUCAACCACAAGAGCUCCAGUGACUUCUACCGUCGGAACAUCAACUCAGCCAUCUUCCUCGACCACCGAGACAACCGUCGGUUCCACCACGACACCUGAUGUGACCUCUACCAGCUCUGAGCCUUCUACUUCUACCAAAUCCACCUCAAACACUUCACCCGCAACGUCAUCUGGAACUACUUCUCAUGUGUCUUCCACUUCUACUGAAGGCUCAACAACUUCUACGGCAUCGAGCUCCGCUACUGAUACCGUGCCAAAACUCUCCACUGCUUCCACCAUACCCACUUCUUCUACAGUCACAACUCAGACCCCGCACUUCGUCGUCAUCGAAAAUACGAUGCCAAAAGUUUCCUCCACAUCUACCGUCCUCACAUCAUCCACCUCAUCCACAGCCAAGUCCCAAGAACCACAUUUUGUUGAAAUCAUAAACACAGUUCCGGUUCCUACCACCAGUACUGCCACCACCACUACUGCCACUACCACCAAAUCCGAGCCAACGCAACAUUUCGUCGUCAUCGAAAAUACUGUCCCUGCCGGUACCACUACUAUCAAAUCUACAACAUCGGGAGCCAAAGAACCUCACUUCGUGGAUAUCGAGAACACCGUUCCAGUGGUCUCUACAUCAUCUACCGUCAGCACCAAGUCCUCCACUUCAACAGGAGCUGUAACUCAGGAACCUCACAUCGAGAACCCCGCUCCUGAAUCUACUAGCCGCACUGUUCAGACCUCAACCAGCACACAGACCAAGAAGCCUCAAAUCAUCGACAUCGAAAACACUGUUCAAGGAGUCACCACCACUACCACUGCUUCCACCACCAAACCAACUCCAUCAACGACAAAAACUCAAGGGCCUCACACCGUUGACGUCGAGAAUCCAUCUCCGGUAGUCACCACCACCACCACUGCUUCCACCACUAUCAAGCCAACUCCGUCUCCAACAGAAGCUCAAGACACCACCCGUGAUAAAGCCACUGAUGCUCCAGAAGUCACCACCACUGCGUCUGAUUCGUCAUCCCAAUCAACUACACCCACGACAACAUCACAAGAAGCCACAGCCGGUACCACGGAGUCGGAGACCGUUGGAAGAACCGAAACCCCAAUCCCGACGUCCUUCGGACUCCCCACGAGCUUUGGAACCCUGACCCCACCAAUCACCUCCUCGAUUUCUUCGUCCUCGGAAACCUCCAUCAUCACGAAACCCGGCAACCAGAUUCCAGUAUCCACCCUCUUGCCAGGAGCCGGCACCAGUAGCACUAAGUCAACAAAAUAUGUAUUCGAUGGAACCAGCGAGAAGCCGAACUUCAGAACUAUCUUCCCGGAGUACUCUCUGACGUUCCCAACAUGCUCCAACAAAUUCUCGAUCGCAAUAGGAGACAGCGACCUCAACAAGAUCUUCACCAGGCCACGGUUGUUCCAAUGCAAAACCCCCGGAAUGCGCCCAAGCAUCCAGGCAGUCCCCUUCACGUACACCGAGGCUCAGAACGUGUUCAAUAUGAAACACGUGAUCACCACGGAUACCUCUGCCUGGGAGACGGUGAUGGUCAGACGGCUCAUGAAGGACUACCCAUCCUUCGACGUCUUCAUCGUCCUCUACGAUGAGGAGAAGAAGAUCGCAUUGAUGAGCCCCACGGAAGAAAUCGAUUCUCCCGUGCCGUUUAAACGGCACGAGAUCGAUCGAAUCGUGUUCGUCACCUGCACCUUCAAACCAAAUCCGAAAAUAAUGGAGGAGGUUUUUGAAAGGAUGCGUAAAAAGUUGGGCACUCUUAAUGAGUGCCCAACUUCUUAUAAUUUUAUAAGUUGA